AUGAAGGCUAUUCGUCGAUCUUUGAAGAGCGACAAAGACGGAAGGCAGCCGCCGAACCUGUCCAUCACACCCAAGACAAUCCAAGCACUACCCCCGAAGAAGGUGAUCAAAGCCUUGUAUAACUAUGAGCCGCAGAACGGCAAUGCGCAAGAGCUAGCAUUUCACAAGGGCGACUUCUUCCAUGUCCUAAGUCGCGAGGACGACACAGAGUGGUACGAGGCGUGCAACCCGCUCAUCCCGUCCGCCAGGGGCCUUGUGCCCGUUGCAUUCUUCGAAGUGGUUGGCAAACAACAGCGACAGAGUGGAAGCCCUGUUGCGUCCCCUGCAGACAAGGCCGACGGUCAUGACUCAGGCUUUUCUGAAAAGGGCUCGACCAACUCUGGCCAUACAAGGUCAGAAUCGGUGGCAACCACACGACCUAGUGCAGGACCUCAUCAGAGAGGACCAAGUAUGAGCGGACGAGGCACGGGCGCCAUGGUGUAUGGCGUGGUACAGUACGAUUUCCAUGCAGAGAGGGCAGAUGAGCUGGACGCCAAAGCUGGAGAGGCGAUUAUCGUGGUGGCACAAUCCAACCCAGAAUGGUUCGUUGCGAAGCCGAUAGGACGGCUAGGAGGGCCUGGCCUGAUCCCCGUGUCAUUCAUCGAUAUCAAGGACACUGCGACUAUGCAGUCAGUCCCAGACCCUCUCGAGGCUGUUCGGAAAGCAGGCGUGCCUCGAGUGGAAGAAUGGAAGAAAUUCGCGGCCGAGUACAAGAACAGCAGUAUCAGCUUGGGCAAAUUCGAUAACCCCCAAGCUCAAAUGUCGGCCGAAAUGGCUCGGAUGAGCUUACAGAAUGCUCCCUCACAACAGCCUCCUCCUAGACAGACUGAAUAUGUAAGUGGCUGUUCCCGUCCUGAACCUGAGAAACGGAAGCUUAUGAGUCCAAACCAGACUGGAGCAAGGCUAUCUCAGCAGUCGAACAUCCCGUUAGCGCCCGUCAGUGCCUCGGUGCCUCGAUAUUGCUUCGACAACGACAUGUACUGGUACAUUAUCGAGUGUCAGAUGGAAGACGGCCGAUGGUGGGAACUCUCACGGUACUACGCCGACUUCUACGACUUUCAGAUUGCUCUUCUAGAGAUGUUUCCGGAAGAGGCUGGCAACAAGGGCAAGCCUCGUAUACUACCAUUUAUGCCCGGUCCUGUGGCGCAUGUCACGGAUGCGAUUUCCAACGGUCGACGGCAGAAUCUUGACGAGUAUAUCAAGAAGAUUGUCGGCAUGCCACCUCAUAUUUCCAAGAGUAUGCUGGUCAGGAAUUUGUUCAAGCCCAAGCCAGGUCAAGAUUUCGAGAUAGAUCCCAAUGCUCUCGGGGAGGAUUACAGACUGUCAAGCGGGUCGCAGCACUCGCUGCCACCGGUUUCUCGGACCUCUUCCAACCAACAGCCACCCGGAGUGCCGUAUGGCGGCAUGCCGCCCCCAUCAGCACGAUCGUCGCAGCAAAGAGGGCCCGUACCUAUGUCCGCAGGAGCAGGCAUGGCUAUGGGAGGUCCGCCGUUUCUGCAUUCUCAACCAAGCAACUUGACCCAGGCGUCGAAUUCUUCGAGUAUGAAGGCCGGCAAUGCAGGUGGGGCCAUGAAAGUCAAAGUAUUUUUCCAAGAGGACAUCAUCGCCCUCCGAGUGCCGCAAGAUGUCGUUUUUGUGGCACUAAGGGAAAAGCUGAUGGAGCGGUUGAAGGUCAACGAAGAGAUCGUGAUUCAGUACAAGGACGAGCCGACCAACAGUCUCAUUGACCUGGAGAACGAUGACAACCUCGACGUUGCGCUUCAACGGAAUCCCAAACUCACGCUCUACGUCAAUUAUGCCCCCGGUUGA